AUGCAACAAGAAGCACGGUACACAGAAGGACAUAAUAUAUGGCGUGUGAAUGUCCAGCUACGCCACCAAGCUGUUCAUUUUGUGAGCGCAGGCGGUUUAGGUCCGAACCUGGGUGUGGAGUCGGAAACAAGUGCCCAAGAAUUGCCAGAAAGCGAGCAUCCUGCUACCGCCGAGUUGGCACAGCAUGAAAAAUUCGAAGUGGAUUUGGGUGUUGAGUCAUCACCUAACAAACCUGUCUUAAAUGAUGUGACUGUAAGACCGGCGAGCUCUACUAGACUGUCGUCGCCUUUUGCAGAUGACUCCAGUGAGGACGAAGUUGUCUUCCGAGGGCGGGGCCCUAGAAUUGAAUCAAAACCUUCUACAUCUGCCACCAAUACCGAUCUUGGGGACGACUCUGAUGAUCAGCCCCCUUUAUGUCCCCCUAGUUUCGUUAUAUCGCCGCAAGCAAGGCCUAUUUCCAUUCUGGACGACCCCCCUGACUAUAUCGAGAUUACUGGACUCGAAAAUAACAUAAGUGCGGAGACCUCGGAUGAAGAUGAUAUAUUGGCCGACUAUAUCGCCAACAUGGAUGAUGAGUACGAGUAUCAUGACGACUCCUCUACUUCAAGCCACGAGCACCUGAGUGCUGAUGAAGCAAUAAUCGAGCCGGAACAGGCGAAGACUUUGCACCGUGGCUCUCUCUCUCGAUCUCGGACUGGCUCCAACGAGCUAAAGAAUGUUUUCGCUCCAUCGACAGCCUUCGCUGAUACAUUAGAGUUAGAUCCCUACUCUGGAUUUGAUAUCAUGGACUUUACUAGGCCGAGCUUGGGGAAGAAGUCGAAGGGGAAACAUCGAACUCCAAACUUUGACCUCCUUGACACUGAAUUCGAGACAGAGCUAACAAAUGCAUCGAGCAAUGAUCGAUUGAGGAAAAAGAUCAGAAAACAAGAGCGAGAAGUGCUUCGUUCUCAGGGAUUGUUAGGUCGCAGUAAAAACGACCCGGAUCUGAAAAUAAAAUACACAGAUAGGAUGGGCAUUGAGGAUUUAAAAUCAGAGAUACGCCUUUUCCUUCUAUCUUCAAAGAAUAGCUUGUCCCUUCCUCCUAUGACCAAGCACCGCAGAGUUUUAGUCCAUGAUAUCGCAAAUGCUCUACGUCUGAACUCCCAGUCACGGGGUAAGGGAUCAUCAAGAUUUCCCAUUAUGACAAAGACUUCACGGACUCCGAAAUAUACCCAACAAACAAUUUCCCAGACAGACCGAAUAUUUUCCAAGGAGAGAUUUAGCUCGCGGGCAAUUAAAGCAUGGGAUAAGACCAGUGGACGGCCAACUAAAGGUCAUAAGUCCGUUUCUUAUGUGGAUGGUGAAAUUGUGGGUGCAUCUGCGCCUGAAAUUGGCAUCGAUAACAAAGGAAGGGCAAUGCUUGAAAAAAUGGGAUGGAGCACAGGAACCGCUUUGGGUGCUACCCAUAAUAAGGGUAUUCUUCAACCGGUUGUACAUGUGGUGAAGAACUCAAAAGCAGGGUUGGGCUGA